AUGGGUGCUGACAUCGAAAGAAUUGGGCCACAUUUAGACAUUUAUCUUGCCUUUCAACCUCAACUCCGAAAGCGUAAAGACAAAAUGAGCAAAAAGAUCCUGAAAGCAAUCAUCUUGAUUCAGGGGGCCGUUAGGGGGUGGCUUGAACGGAAAAGACUCAAAAGAAUAAUGGCCAAGGCGAAAGACCACGGCCCAAACUUUAAAGCUGUUGUAAAUGCAUACCGCAGAAUGAUCGACCGUAUUCAGCGCCGAGCUGGUCUUCGGAAUGCAAGAAUAAUCUUAAACUUCUCAGAGCUAGAAGAAUGGUUGGACAGAAAAAAAUUUUAUGAAAUCAUGUUUGCCAAGAGGGAGUAUUGUAAAGGGAUUCCAAAACAAGAUCUCCUUAAAUAUUUCAGAGACUGUGGUCAUUUUCCAACCCAAUCGCAUAUCGAUAGCACAUAUCUGCUGUUUCACCAGAAUGGCAAAGAGGUUCACUCUGAAGAAGUUAAAAAGGCAAAAGCUGUUGAAAUGAUAUUCACUCUAUAUCCUCCCGAAGGUGCCCACGUGAGUCAUUUUUGGGGCCUAAAGUCAACUUGGAUAAGACCUAUAGUACAUGGAGAAGAAGCAUAUAAGUAUUUAGUUUCUGGACACCCAAUAAUCAAGAAAGCCGACAUUCGGGUCGUUGGAAAGUUAGUAGCCAGGUCCAUGAGAGAGAGGAGAAUGAAAAUACGUUUCAGAUCACCAGAUUAAUAAUCAGGUGAACAAGUACCUUUUAUCUUUGAGUAAACUUGAUGACUAAAAAUAGGAAAAGAAGAAGAAUCUCCAAGCAUAGAAAGAUAUGACAAGUUAGCAAUCUAGUGACUUCCCAUAAAAUAUAUGUACCUGUUUUAUCAUAACAAUA